AUGCUUGCGCGUUGUGCUAGAAGAGCUUUCUUCAUAUUUUCGCCAAAAGUAGCCAAAUUGUCUACUGUGCCUAUUGAUCCGUCGAAGAAACUUGUGAUUAAAGCUCACUCGCCCAUCAUGAUAUCUUGUUUACCUUCACACAAAGCGGACGAACAUUGCGCAUUCCUAUCUGACGAUUCUGGAUUUGUGGUGGAUAAUUUGUCGGUAUUUUCCCAGUCUUCAGCAGCUAGUCCAGUCAACUUAGCAAAGAUUCAAUUGCCGGCACAACGUGGUUUGCUUUCAAAUUGUCAGUUUUUAUUUUUAGAUAUUGACAUUUUUCAGAAUUCGUGCGCGUCGUCUAGCUUUUCUGAUUACGAAGGGUCGGAAGCUAAUAUAAAGUCACUUGGUCCUUUAACCCUACGAAAAUUAAAAGUUCUUAAGUUUCCAAGUUUCAUCAUGCUAUCCAUCUACGCAAACAACUUAAUCGGAGGAGUUUGCGAACUAAGCUUUGGUGGUCCAAAGUGUCAUGUUAGCUCCGCCUAUUGCGAAAACAUGACUUUGAAGGCCCUGCCCCCGGUUGGCACACCAGAGUCGUUGGAGCAAAAUCCGCUAACUAUUCACUUUGGAACCCUACAUGGUAACGUAGAGAUCGAAGUCGAAGAGGCUGCCAACACGGACAUCGGUGACUUUGAAGGAUCUUUGCGUAUCAGACAACGAUUUGGAAAUGUGGCUGUCCACCUUGCUGGCAAUUGUCCUUUAUUAGAAAUUGAUGUAGCAGAAGGAGAUGUCUUAUUAAGUCUUCCAAUCGAUGCAGAUGGCCUGCCACAGAUCGGUGGUUGUUUUGAUCUGUCUGCACCCGAAAUCGAAUUGGACAAGGACAGCCUGCCUGCAGAUAGUUUUGAUAACUGGGACAUCACCGAGUUGCCAGGUCUGCAGGGUUUCUAUGGCACUUUUGGGAAGCCGGAUCCUGACGUGCAGCCUGUUUGGAUGGUUCGCACACUCCGUGGUCGGAUCCGUAUCGCUGGCUCCUCCUGGGCUGAUGCAAUGCUAAAGAAUAUCAACUCACUAAACAAAAGCUAG